AUGAUUCAAAACGGUGAUUAUGGUUGCCCUUUCUGUGCUCAAACUCUGGAAAAUUCUUCACACUGCAUUCUUCAUUGCAAUCUCUCUAAAGCAGUCUGGUUUGCAGUCUUAGGAAUCCAUAUUCAAGCUGAUGCAAACUUAGUAGAAUGGUUAUGCAACUGGUUUGACGUGCUUUUUUCAAAUCAGAUACAGGAGGAUCAUCUUUGCAAAAUAGCAAUAACUGCAUGGUGUAUAUGGUCUGCACGGUGUGAUAAUGUGUUCAAAGGGUGGAAGAUAACUCCAGACACAAUCAUUCAUCGAAGUAAAAAAGAAAUAGAGCUCUUGAAGACAAAACAAGAAACCUCUACACCUCCCAUUCUUAAACAAAAUAGAUUAAAUCUGCAUUGGAGUCCUCCUCCUAUAGGAAUUCAUAAAAUUAAUGUAGAUGGUUCUUUUAAUUACUCUUUAAAAACAGGUGGGUUUGGUCUAAUAUUACGUGAUUUUGCAGGUACUCACAGGGGCUCCAAAUGUAUCUUCCUAGAAUCAGCUCUGAGUCCAGAGCAAGUGGAGUGCAAGGGAUUACGAGAAGCUAUACAAUGGGCAGACGAUAUGAGGCUAGAUAAGGUAGUUUUUGAAAUGGACUCUCAAUUGGUUGCUGAUGCAAUAAACAACGAAGAAUUCAAUGCAUAUUGGAGAAUUCGCUUUUUAAUCUUAGAUAUUAAAAGAAUUCUUAAGAAUAAUGUUUCCUGGGAAUGCAUUUAUGUACCAAAGGAAAAAAAUAAGGUUGCAGAUAGAUUAGCAAAAUUAGCUAGAGUUUCUUGCUUAAGUAGUGUAUGGAUUCUGUCCAUCCCUGAUGACAUCUUAUUUCAACUAAAUGAGGAUGCUAAUCAUGUAAUCUAUGACAUUUAA